CAAGAAUGCCGGAUGUUGCCUGUAAUCCCUCCGCGAAUGAAUGUAAAAAGGGCGACCGAGUCAUCAAUGGAAACGGUGUUCGGACUGGUAAAUGUGUGCCUUACCAUUAUCCUAAUGGAACUACAACUGAUACAUGUGAAAUUGAGGCUUGGUGCCCAGUGGAGUAUAACAUGAACCCAACAUUUGUUUCCAUCCUAAUACAUUUAUUAAACAUGAAUUACAGGAAUACUACAGCAAUUUUGAAGGAUGCUGAGCGUUUCACCGUGCUGAUCAAGAACACUGCGGCCUACUCCAAGUUUCACUUCUUCAAGCGUAAUAUAUUGGAGAGUUCCAACACCAGUUACCUUAAAGGCUGCCUGUACAACAAACAUUCGGAUCCAUUCUGUCCGGUCUUCAAACUUGGCGACAUCGUCACGGCAACCGGCGAGGACUUCAAUGCAUUAGCUUACAGUGGCGGUGUCAUUGCCAUUUUCAUCAACUGGGAUUGUAAUCUGGACAACAGCUGGGAUGACUGCAGGCCCACAUACAAAUUCAAGAGGCUUGACAACAAAAACUCAACGUUGGCAAAGGGGUACAACUUCAGGUUCUCCAACUAUUACCAAGAUGCAAAUGGCAUAGACACGCGUACACUGUUGAAAGCCUACGGGAUCCUGUUCAAGGUGAUUGUGACCGGAACGGCUGGCCAGUGUAGUGGAGUGCAGGUGUUGCUGUAUCUUGGAUCGGGCUUUGGUUUCUUUACUGUAGUAAGUUGA